CGAGGAAUUCUGCAAAUGCUGGAAAUUCAAGCAACACACAUCAAAGUUGCUGGUGAACGCAGCAGGCCAGGCAGCAUCUCUAAAGGGGAACUGUCAGACCCGUACUUGAACACGUUCAUAACAGAAAAUGCAAAGAUUAUCCCCUUCACAGGAAGUAUAUUUGGUGGACUUCAAGAUGGGAAGCUGGUUGUAAUUCAAGGACAGGUGCCAGGACAUGCAAAGAGGUUUGCUGUGGAUUUCAUGUGUGGCUCCUGCGAGAAGCCGAGAUCUGACGUUGCCUUUCACUUCAACAUUCGCUACGAUGAAUCUGCUGUGGUCUGCAAUACGCUGGAGUGUGAACGCUGGGGAUCCGAAGAGAGGAAACAGCAGAUUCCCAUCAAUGCUGGGACAUACUUUGAGCUGAUCUUUAAAACACAGUACUAUGGUUUCCAGGUUUCUGUGAAUGGGCAACACUUCCUGCAAUACAACCACAGGCUGCCCCUGACCAGAGUGGACACUCUGAAGAUUUCGGGAGAUGUUCAUGUGAACACCAUCACUUUUAUGAACCCAAAUGUCACUCCAGCGUAUCCUCCUCCUGCUUAUACCCCAUGUCAGUCUUUUACCGUCCAAUCUCCAGUCUGUGCCAGUCCUGCCUUCACUGUCCCUGGCCUAUAUGGCAAAAAUCCUGCCUUCAAUGUAGUGCCUAAAAAAAGAAAUAAGAACAAGCAAUUUCACUUGGGCAAAUCUCCCCCAGUGACUGUGUCUAAUCCGGUCGUUCCGUACCAGGCCUACAUCGGAAGCAUCCGGCCUCAUCAACUGAUAAAGGUUAUUGGGACUGUGAAGGUGAACUCUCACAGGUUUACUGUGAAUCUGAUAGCGAGUUAUUCCAACAACAUUGCCCUCCACAUCAACCAACGAUUUGAUGAGAACGCGGUAGUGCGAAACACCAGGACCAACAUGAACUGGGGAGUUGAGGAGAGAGGCGUACCGUUCCUCCCCUUUGUACCUGGCCAGACAUUUGAGCUUCAGAUCCACGUUGAACCAACCAGCUACAAAGUCCUGGUGAAUGGAAGGCACCUGUUUAACUACAACCACAGGUUACAGCCCCUGAACCAGAUCAAUACACUGGAAGUCUCCGGUGAUGUCACCCUUUCUCUUGUACAGUACUAAUGCAUUGAAGCAACUAAUAUGCUUUAUCUCGAAAACAAUCAGAGCAGCAGAGUGUUCCCACAUUUAGACCAUUAGAUACAGGAUCAGAACUAGGCCACUCGGCCUAUACAUCUGCUUCACUAUUCCAGCAUGGCUGAUUUAUUAUUCCUGCCUUCUCCCUGUAACCUUUGAUGCCCUUACUAAUCAAGAACUUAUCAGACUCCACUUCAAAUGUACCCAAAGACUUGGUCCAUUGGGACCAAAAGGGAAACAUGCCUGUAUUGGGAAGGAAUGAAAUAUGAAAAUCUGGGACCUGUGCCUUGAAAUAAUGACUAGUUAAGCAGCUGAAGAACCACAGACAGUUUUGGUCACCUUACAGGAAAUACAUGAAUUCAAGCAUGACAUGGCCUCCGCAGCUGUCUGUGGCAAUGAAGUUUUUACUCCCUACUUCUCUUAGCAUACACCCUAUGCACGGUCAUCUAUUACACAAAAGGAGGCCAUCUUAUUAAGUACAGUGAAGGUCAAUCUCUCAUUUACAUGAAUCCAUCAACUAAUGACAUUGAUCCCCAUUACCAUGGUUUUGGCUGGUGUUUACAGUGUACUAGUGUAGUUUGGUAGGUAGGGAAAUAGGAUGAAACUACCCACACAUAAAUCCUGUGAUAAGACAAAGAUUUGAUACCCAUUUUGACGUGUGUCCCUUAGGGGUGGCCAUUCUGAAUUUCCCUCAUUCCUUGAUUACUGGUAUGAAGGGACACUUGCUGUAAAGUUGGACCACUUUGGCCAACCUGCCAGAUUUGAGGAAAACAACAUUUAAAGGUGCCAGCCAUCCAUUCUAUAGUACAAACUACAUUAAUGUUUUCUGAAUGCAAAUUUAGUGAAGAUGAUAUUUGACAGAUUAUUCUCAUCUAGGAAAAGAGAUGACUCAUGAUCUUCCAUCUAAGGAUUAUCCAACCCAAAGUAUUUUGGAGAAAAGAGAAGGCCAUGAAUUUUCUCAUUCUAACCCAGUGACGAUAAAUAGUAGAUUAACGUAACAAAGAUGGUGCUCCUGAUCCCCGGGUUUUGUCUGGUUCUUGGGACAAGUUAGUCAAAUAGUUUUAGCCCUUUCUGCCUUCUCUAUCUCCCCAAGACACAUUCCACCAACUUUUUACUCCAUUUCAUGGGAGCAAGGACUUUUAUGGGAAGACCAAACUUGCAGUUUGCACUCCUUCCAAGGUCCAAUCAUGACAAACACACUUAAGGGUGACUGUUCGUAACCAGAUACACAAAUGCAAAUCCACGUUCCCUUCCCCUCACUUCUUUGUAGUUAGCUCUAUCCCCUUUAGUCUUUCACCCCAGAUGAAGGGUCUUCACAUGGACAUUUCCCUCCAUCGAUGUUGCCUGACCUGCUGUCUAAUACACUAUAUUUCAUUGAGAUUGCUAUGUGGUCAAUGUAGUUUGCUUAUUGUUGCAUUGUUCUUGUUAGCCGUUCUGAGGGCCCUUGCCGCACUCACAGCCCUCGCCGUCACUCCCCUGUGGACUCUUCUGGCAGCAGUUCCACUGGCCACUCCUUUCCACCUCCCUGAUGCAGAAUCUUAGGGACUGUAGGUGUAUCUGGAACUAGUACUGUACAAUAGCACGGCUACAAUCCUCAGUGUUAAGACAGCACAAGGCCUACACCUACCAGUGUAGUGCCUAUUUUACAGUGACAGGACUAGAACAGGGUCCUGAGCUGGAUAUGGACCUGAAUUCAGUCUCAAAAGGUCAGGAAUCUCUGGUAUUUGGAACUCAUGGUCCUGAGGUCAAUCAGGUUCCUCUUCCAGCUCCUGGUAGAGAAUGGGAAGGAUUCCAUUCCUGAUUCACAGCCCCUGAAGUUUUCAUAGAAACAUAGAAAAUAGGUGCAGGAGUAGGCCAUUCGGCCCUUCGAGCCUGCACCGCCAUUUAUUAUGAUCAUGGCUGAUCAUCCAACUCAAAACCCCGCCCCAGCCUUCCCUCCAUACCCCCUGACCCCCGUAGCCACAAGGGCCAUAUCUAACUCCCUCUUAAAUAUAGCUAAUGAACUGGCCUCAACUGUUUCCUGUGGCAGAGAAUUCCACAGAUUCACCACUCUCUGUGUGAAGAAGUUUUUCCUAAUCUCGGUCCUAAAAGGCUUCCCCUCUAUCCUCAAACUGUGGCCCCUCGUUCUGGACUUCCCCAACAUCGGGAACAACUUUCCUGCAUCUAGCCUGUCCAAUCCCUUUAGGAUCUUUUACGUUUCAAUCAGAUCCCCCCUCAAUCUUCUAAAUUCCAACGAGUACAAGCCCAGUUCAUCCAGUCUUUCUUCAUAUGAAAGUCCUGCCAUCCCAGGAAUCAAUCUGGUGAACCUUCUUUGUACUCCCUCUAUGGCAAGGAUGUCUUUUCCUCAGAUUAGGGGACCAAAACUGCACACAAUACUCCAGGUGUGGUCUCACCAAGGCUUUGUACAACUGCAGUAGUACCUCCCUGCUCCUGUACUCGAAUCCUCUCGCUAUAAAUGCCAGCAUACCAUUCGCCUUUUUCACCGCCUGCUGUACCUGCAUGCCCACUUUCAAUGACUGGUGUAUAAUGACACCCAGGUCUCGUUGCACCUCCCCUUUUCCUAAUCGGCCACCAUUCAGAUAAUAAUCUGUUUUCCUAUUUUUGCCACCAAAGUGGAUAACUUCACAUUUAUCCACAUUAAAUUGCAUCUGCCAUUAAUUUCCUCUUCAUCCUUCAGGUGUCUCCUCAUGAUCAGGUUCAAGUUCAUUCAACAGUACACAUGUAUGCAAAUAAAUGAAACAGCAUUCCUCUGGGCCCAAGGUGCAAUCACAGUACAUACAGUCCAGUCACACACAGCACAUAGAGUUUCUCUCUAGCACAUACAGUCACAAUAAUAAUACUGACACAGGUCCCCAAUUGGCAUGGCCUGAAGAUUGAUGGUGCAUGGGAUGUAGUCCUGUUGAAAUGUCUCUGCAGGUUGUGACUUGCUCCUUUUGCGAUAGAGGCCAUGAGUCUUUAGAACGCCUUCCUGUAGGGCAAGCCACUCCUGAUGCACGGUUGAUAAUUUCCUUGCAGCUAAUAGCUGGCCUGCGCCACAUUGGGGUUAUGACUUGUCUUUACAGCUGGUCCCCUCGUGCCCUCUAGUGGGGCUGAGCAGAGCUCCAGUUACUUGCUGGGACGGAGGAGGUAUUCUGCCAGAGGCUGAGAACAUGGAUUCAACCUUUCAGUUGAUGUUUGUGCUGCCAAGCUAAAUCAGAGCAAUGAAUUUGUCCAUAACGUUUCAAUGUGAAGAGAUUACUAAGAAAUUUCUGAAUGAUAGAAUGUUUUAUAUCUUUAUUGCUGAAUGGCUUCUAAAUAAUUGUUUGCAUUUUAAAUAAA